CUUCCAUCUGACAUACGGCACUGGUAAUCUGACUGCUUUCGCUGCAUUGUUGUCCGAUCUCUCUCUAAGAGGUGUUUAUAUGCCCUACCGUAUGCAACAAUUCGUAGUAUUCAUGAAGUAUUCCACUGGGUUUCGUUAAUCUCGUCUCCAACCAUAUCAGCAAUGCAGUUGUCUGGUGUCACUCACUUCAUUACCAGAUCUCCUUGGUCAAAGUCAUGGGUACCUGUUGCAGCAGGUGUUGCGGUUGGUCUCCUGGCGUCAAACUAUAGGAGGAGGACAUUAUCAGACACCCCAUAUCAGUCUCCCUUGACCACCGUCCUUCCCUCUCUUUCCGACGACGCCAUCAGGACGCUGCCAUACCCCCCCGAUGCCUAUCCUGGUGCCCGCAAUGUGAACACCCCACUCGGCAGUAUCCGCGUGUACGAAUGGGGUCCGACAGAUGGCAAGAAAGUUCUCCUCGUGCACGGCAUCAGCACGCCGUGUAUUAGCAUGGUUCAAAUCGCGAGCCGGUUAGUCGAAAGCGGUUGCCGGGUCAUGGUCUUCGAUCUCUUCGGUCGGGGCUUCUCUGGGGCUCCGAACCCGAAAAACCAUCCGCACGAUGCGUCCCUCUAUAUCACCCAGAUUCUGUACGUCCUGGCUUCCUCUUCCGUGCCAUGGACGGGAGCGAGCUCGGGCGGCUUUACCAUUGUCGGCUAUUCGUUUGGAGGCGGCGUUGCAGCGACGUUUAUCUCCUACUUCCCCCAUCUAGUCUCAAAUCUCGUCCUUCUUGCACCCGGGGGCAUCAUGCGCGAGCAUCACAUUAGCUGGACCAGCCACAUCUUAUACAACAAUGGCGGCCUGAUCCCCAAUUCCUUUGUGCGCUGGGCAGUUGGGCGGAGAUUGAAACCGGCGCCCGAGAAACCUCCGCUGGUCAGACCCACGAACGAGUCGAACCCAGACGAAGAUGAUAUUGGCACCGCAGAGAUUCCAAGUACACCUGGCAAUCCGCAGAGCCGGAAAGAGCCCGUUAUUGGCGUGGAGAGUGUCUCGCACGGUCCAAAUCUGGUGCCCUCGAGACCAUCGAUCAAUGCCGCCAAAGCAACCGACUGGCAGAUCAAACAUCACGAGGGGUUCCUCUCGGUUUUUAUCAGCGCCAUCCAACACGGCCCGAUCACCAAGCAGCACGAGACGUGGAGGAAGGUUCGCCAUGCGUUCGAAGCGGACGGGCGAGAGAAAAGGGUACUACUCGUGCUGGGGCACACGGAUUCGAUCGUCAAGGCGGAUGAGGUGGGCCCCGACGCUCUCGAGAUCUUUGGCGAGGAGCUUUUGCAGACCGAAGUCCUAGAUGCGGGACAUGAUCUGCCCAUGAAGAACGGCGAGGAGAUUGCGGAUUUCAUUACGGGUUUGCCGAAUAUGGGAAAGAGUUAGACCCGGGAGAACCCCAUUAGAGACAUAUAUUCCACAUAGAUAAGACUUAUUAGAGAAUAUACAUGCGCUAAACAUCGUGGAUGGAUCAGUUGAGUCGGGGUUUGGUUUCGAGUAUGGAUUGCAUGAUAUGGCAUCCACAGUAUCUUACAAGAGCCAGCAACUUCGUAUCAUACAUGGGAUAUACACAGGUUCAUUGCUUUCCUGCCGAGUCUGACGACUCUCGAGUUCCAGGUUUCCCUUCCGCCGAAUUGAACCCUCCCCAAUUGAGGAUAA